GCGUUGUUCCUCAGACCACGCCUCUGAAUGGGCGCAGGCGCGAUGCGUUUUAUUUCCGGUCGCCAUUCUAGAAGUGGAUAAUGGCUUGUGUACCCGGAGCGGGGAGUAGCGGUGUUUGUGUGAAUCGACUGUCACGGGAGAGGAGAGCGUCAGGCGGGUUGUGAUAUACGAGUUUCGGGGAAGAGGGAGGCCGCCAGGAAUCCUCAGUCUAUAGACAACAACCCAUUAUGACACGCACACAGGAAAGUGGAUUUUGAACAAUAGCUGGAAGAUACAAAUAGGAAUUGUCAAUCAUGUGUUUCCACCAUGCAAUCUCAUAAUCCCACCGAUCAGACUACUAUUGGAUCCAAGAACAAAUGAUUAUCACCCACUAUGGCCAAUCCACUCAGUGUGAUCUCAUCUAAAUCCAUGGAAAGGGAAGAUUUAGCUGUUCAAUUGUUUGACGAUUGAAUUAUGUUUAUUAUUACAGGCACUCUGCAUGGACGACUUCAGAGCUCCUUUCAGGGUUUCUGAUUCAAUUGCACUAUGUUUCAUCGUGGUUCCUCUCAUUCCUCAUAAUCCCUGGAUCAGCGUGGCCUGGUAACAGAAAAUAUUUUCUGGACUAUCAUAGAAUAAAGGCAGCAUCACUGUCCACAAUAAUGGCAUCAAGACAACCCGAUGUACCUGCCAUUGAGCACGGCUCUAGUGGGCUUCUAGGAAAAAUGUCCCUGCCCAUCGGGAUGCACCGUCGUGCUUUCAGUUAUGACGAUGCUCUGGAGGAUACAGCGCCGAUGACUCCACCCCCAUCAGACAUGUGUACUAACACCUUGUGGAGAAAACCAGUAAUCCCAGAACGUAAAUACCAGAAGCUGUCUAAGGUUGAGGAUGGGGAUAACAGUAUGCCCCCACCUGCCCUUCCCCACUCCUCUUCUGUUGAAAAGGCACCUGUGGUGAAGGCUAAAGCAACUUCUGUCAUCAUGAACUCCCUUUUAACAAAACAUUCACAAGAGAGUAUUCAACGCUUCGAGCAGCAGGCUGGUCUCAGGGAUGCUGGCUAUACUCCACACAAGGGUCUCACAACUGAAGAGUCCAAAUACCAUCGCGUGGCGGAGGCUCUGCAUAAGCUAAAGAUGCAAACUGGAGAAUCGAGUGAAGACAGACAAAGCUCAUCUACUCAGUCCACACCUUGUAGCACUCCAAGCUCUUCACCAAAGCAAAUGCGCAGAUCGUGGUUUAGUCAGGGUUCCACUACCUCCCUUCCAGCUGGUGAGCUUCAGGGCACAGACGCCGACAAAUGGAGCAUGUUUGCUCCUCGUGCAGUGCAAAAGUCAACCACAGAUCCAGGUGGCUUCACAGUCCAGUCUUACAAAGGUGCUCAGAAACCAACUCCAAUGGAACUUAUGCGAGCCCAGGCUAACAGAAUAACUGAUGAUCCUGUUGCACUGAAACCACCAAAAAUUGAAAUGCCUCCAUUAGUUACUGGAGAUAGCAAAACUGUCAGAGGCCACAACCUUAAACCGCGUGAAAUGAACAUUCUAACUCCCACUGGAUUCUAAGACUUGCGACUCUCUUCAUAGGAUGUUCAAGUAGUAGACACUUUCCUGUUAAAACAAACAUAUCCUUCUCCCUAUACAAAGUCAUUUUCUGGUUGUUGCUCAUGAUAUGGUCCUUUUUUAAUUUAUUAUUUUAUUUGAUAGUAGAAGGCAAAUUGCUGGUUCCUCUUUUUUCUUUACGGACAGGUCAGUCUGGAAACCGUUGUAACUAUGCAUAUUGUGGUUAGCUGUUUAUAAUUCUUCAACUAUCGUACACAAACGGUGAAUUGUGCCACAGCUUGUCAUAUCAUUAAGCCUUGACCUUCCACUCCCUUGAAAAACUUUGCAGGGAUACCCCAUUAUGUAACUUUUUUGCUUUGUUCCAGGACCAUGUCAUCUUGUACUAGGACAGCUGUAGCUUCCAGCACCAAGAUUUGUAAAUAUCACAGAAGUUGAAAUGCAAUAAGUAAAGCAUGGAAUAGCCAAUGUUGCUUGUGUCUCCUGAGCUUUGCCAGACUAAUGCAAAGUAAAUCUUGAAUGCUUAGAUUUCUAAUUUGCAGAUUCAGCAAUGGGUAUCUAUCUCAGCAGAUAGAUGAAUAUGGAUUCCUGCUUACUAUCAAACAUGGGCACAUGCAAGCUGCGUAGUAUUCUUUUUCCAUUCCGUUCUAAAUUGCACACGGAAAUUCGGUUGGAGUUAAUUUAUUCGUAUGCAUUUUGUGUGUGUGCUUAUUUGUUCUUUGUGCCUCCAUUUCUGUUUUAAAAUAAACUACAUAAGAAGUUG